GGACGGGUGUACAAUCCCUCCCGCGGGCCGCCUCUAUGGUUACAUCUUCUUGCUGAUUGGCCGAGAGGACGGCUCUCGCGAGAUCCGCGCCAGCGGCCUGGCGGAGGUGCUGGAGGCCCCGUGUUUGUGCGUCGGAGCCGGCACCGCGGCGCGCUCGUAAGAGUCCAGGAUGAGUUAUACAGAAAAACCUGAUGAAAUCACAAAAGAUGAAUGGAUGGAAAAACUUAAUAACUUGCAUAUCCAGAGAGCAGACAUGAACCGCCUUAUCAUGAACUACCUUGUUACAGAGGGCUUUAAAGAAGCAGCAGAGAAAUUUCGAAUGGAGUCGGGAAUUGAACCCAGUGUUGAUUUAGAAACUCUGGAUGAAAGAAUAAAGAUUCGAGAAAUGAUAUUGAAGGGACAGAUCCAAGAAGCCAUUGCAUUAAUAAACAGCCUCCAUCCAGAAUUGCUAGAUACAAACAGAUAUCUUUACUUUCAUUUGCAGCAGCAGCAUUUGAUUGAGCUGAUUCGGCAGCGUGAGACAGAAGCAGCUCUGGAAUUUGCUCAGACCCAAUUAGCAGAGCAAGGGGAGGAGAGCAGGGAAUGCCUGACAGAAAUGGAGCGCACGCUGGCUUUGCUUGCCUUUGAUAAUCCUGAAGAAUCACCAUUUGGAGACUUGCUUAACAUGAUGCAGCGACAGAAGGUAUGGAGUGAGGUUAAUCAAGCUGUUCUAGACUAUGAAAAUCGUGAAUCAACACCCAAGUUGGCAAAAUUGCUGAAACUACUACUGUGGGCUCAGAAUGAGCUGGACCAGAAGAAAGUGAAAUACCCCAAAAUGACAGACCUCAGCAAGGGGACGAUUGAAGAACCCAAGUAAAACGUGUGCAGAUGGACAUCAAACAAUCCUAGUACUGCACAGUAUACAUUUAUAUCAGUCUGUGACUGAAAUAUUUUUACUACAGUACAGCACUCAAUUCAGAUUUUUCAAUGAACAUCGAAUUUGAAGGGAGAAAAGUCCCUUUUAAAUGCUGCAAAAACUGCAUUGAAAGGCGCUGUAUCUCUUUGAAAGUCUGACUUAGGCUAUGCACUAUAAUACCUUUUUAAAAACCAAGUGAACAGGACAGGAACAAGAGCAUUUUUAGAAGUACAGAACUCAAAACUUUCUAAUUGGCUACUGAUGCCUAGUUUAGUGGCCAGCGAGUUAACACGGUGUUAUAUUGGCAACUAUUCAGUUCAGUUUAACUGUUUCCUGUUUGAAAUGUGUAUAUAGAACAGUGAAUAUUUUCUACCUUUAAGUUAUAGACAGAUACACAUUCCCCUUCAAAGUAACUGGUCAAGUUUUCAUCUAUAAACUUUGCAGUAAGGUCAAUGUUUUGCUUAGGAAAUAGUGUACAAACUUGUAAAUCAUAAUUUAAGGAAUUAUUUUGUUUUUGUUUUCCUUGUUUCUGACUUUUCUGGUGCUUUAUAUGGUGAGAGCUGUAUUCAUAAUGGAUCAGUGACCCAUCUUUUCAGGAGGAGUAUUGUUGGAAAGAAGUUUCUUUUCCUUCAUUUUCACUAAUGACCAAAAUGGCCCCCAGAGGCAUUAGUGGGUUUUUCUUAACAGGGCCCUUUCCCCACUACAUUCACUUUGCAGCUGUGGACACUGCACUGAUUCCAGCAGGCUACAAAAGCUUUGAAGGCUGCUGGAUGUUUGUAAGCUCAAAGACAUCUUGUGUUAGGAAAUCCGGUGGAGGGGAGGGGUGCUUGUUGAAGCCUCUGAUGCAUCAUCUUGUGCAGGAUCUGCCUUUGUGCUUGCUGAGUAAGAAUCGUAGUUUUAGAGCUACUUGGGCUGGUUUUGCCUUGAGCUGAGCAGAGCCGGGCUGUCUAAAACCAGAAAUUUCCUUGUUUCUUUUUCAAUUCUUCCAUACCUUUCUGAAGAGAUGCAGUUCGUCUUCACCUGUAUUUGUUUAAUGACUGUCCUCACUCCACUUAGGAUUAUAGUUUUAAUGUUUUACAUGUGAAGUCCAGACUUUCAAGUCAACAAAUUGUAAUCUUCUGGGUAUGGGAUGCUCUGGUCGACUUAGUUUUGCAGCACUGGGGUAUGUCCAGUGGUAGUAAGCACUAAUCUUGCCAAAUCAAUCUCUAGGUUUUUAGGUCUGUAUAUCAAGUUAUUACAGAUUCAGUUAAACAAAGACUAAACUGGUGGGUGAAAUAGCUUAACAUCAUGGAACGCAGGCAGUUGUCACACCGGUCCCAUACUGUACAUAAUCUAGUCUUGUAUGGUAGAUAUUACCCUGUAGAAAUGAAACUUAGUUUUCACUUAAUUUUACUGGAAUACUUACGCAUUAAACUGUAUAAAGCUUUGCAGAUACACCUGAUUUAACGGGAUCUAACAAAACCUGUUACUGAUUGCAUUACUGUGAACACUGUUUACUUGUGGAGCUAUUUUCUGGGUGGGGGGGGAAGCCGUUGUUUGUUAAGCAGCUAUUAGAGUUUUGGAGCGCCAAGGUUAAGCUAGAUGGUGGAUAUAACAAAAUUACUUGUUCCCGUUUCUUCCUGAUCAUUCUGUUCUCCACUUUGAGGCAUUUGUGGUAUGGAGAUCUUCAAGUUUAUACAGAAGAAGCUGACAGUAGCCCCCCAACUACAACAGCCUUCACCCAGGCUGGUUAUUCUAACACCAGACUUUUAACAGUUGUGGGUUUGUUUUGUUUGUUGGGUUUUUUAUUUUUUCCCUUCUUUUUUUUUUUUUUUUUAAUUUUACUUUAUUUUCUUAAGUUUAUUUUCUUCUUUUUUUCCUUUUUUCAAGUCGGUUGAUGUCUGAAAACCAUGUGUGACUUUUAGUUUGUGAGAAACUGUAUGGUUUAAUAUAACUUUGUUUAAUAACAAACCGCAGAAACAAAACUGGAAUAGCUCUUAAUUUCUUUGUAUAGAACUGAUCAGCUUUUCCUCUGUUCCGACACGGGGGGUGGUGGUAAAUGUCAUCUAAAGCUUGUCCUGGUUGAAGUGGAAAGUGGAGCAUUUUUGUGGCAUUUUUCUCCAUGAGAAAUGCAGUAUUAGAGUCCUGGUUGAGAAGUUCACUGUACUUCUAGAACGCUGCAUUAAUUUCUUACAGUCUUUGGACACAGAUUGAGCAUAGAUUACUUGAAUUCUCACUAGCUUGUGGUGUUGGGUUUGGGUUUGGGUUUUUUUCCCAUUAUAAAAGGCACCUGUUUUUUAAGGGGUUUACUAUCAAAUUAGCAUAGAACUAUUUCCCUUUGUUUUUAUGAACAUGCCACAUUGAUAAGCAGCUUUAAUCUGUAAAGUUUUUGGUAACUGCAAGAAAAUAUUCGAAAGCUAUGCAUUUUAGAGAAAGCAUAAAGGUAGUGAUAUUGGUACUUCUAAGGAUCUUUAUAUUAGUGUAUAUAAAAUAGUUUGCAUAUACAAAUAUAAUAUAUAAUCUGUUUGAAAUAUUCUUGAAUGGUAGGGGCUGUGAAACAUUAUAAUUUAUGGAAAUAUUGUACACAGUAAACAGACGUCUCAGUACACGAAUGAACUUUUGUCAUAUGCAUGAGAAGUGUCUUCUUUGGUGACUACUAAUGAAUGGGAUUUUGCUAACCCAUUUUUGUUAGAUAACCACUUUAACAAAUACUAUUAAACACCACUUGGAUCCGUUUGCUUUAGUGUAAAAAAAGUACAUCUUUUGUUCCACUUAAUUUAGAUCAACAUGAGAAUAACUUUUAUAAGAGGGUUUGUUCCAGACUCAACAGUGGCAAACCUGGUAAUGAAACAUUGUACACUACAGUCAUUCCUCCCUCUCCUCAAUCUUUCUCUUGUUGAAAGCAAAUAUGAUUUCUUUCAUUAAGACACAAAAACAGUUGGGUUGUAAAAUACCCUGUCUUAAAUGCCACUGUAGAAAGGCUCUGUGUCCAGUGUGGUUUAGGCUCCAAAUCUCUGUUUGCAAAACCUAUCACCUCCUUAAUAACGGUCAUCUUUGCUGUUGCUAUGUCUUGUUCUGCCUGUCAAAUCUAAGCUAAACCGUGGCUGCUCCUGUUGUACAAUGGAGUCAUUAGUGAAGGGGGGGGAUAUAAUAGGUUUCCAUGAAGAUUGGUCAUACUUUCUGAGAAGUACUUACCAAACUCUUUAAUUUUAUAUAGCUGGAAAACAGAGGCUGCUGCACAGAAGCUAUCAGCAUUUUAAGUAAAGCAUUUCUUCUCAAGACUUUUGAAGAGGCAAACAUAUACUGCUUGAAACCAGGUGAAGUACCGCUCUCUCUGUAAGGUGAUUUCAUUGAAUCACUUUCAGCUUCUUCCACCCGCACUAAAAGAAAAAUUGAAAUGAAUGUGGAGAGCACUUAUGUAGCAUUUAAGAUGUGUGAAAUUACCUGGAAAGAACUCUGUCUCCUUUCCUCUCCUUGUACAUAUAGGGGAAGCCAUUACAUUAUUCUAGGAUGGUUUUACUGGUUUUAAUUUGUAAACUUUGCUUUGUAUGCUUGAGUAUAAGCUUAAAAGCAUUACUUCAAAAGAAUCCUUGACUAGUAGAUGAGUGUUGCUCAACUUAUUUCAAACCACUUUCUGUCCAAGUUUGUUAAGAAGCUUAUUAAAUUGAGUUGGAGUGUGA